UGGAUAUGGACUCCCUCAAUUUGCUUUUCUCAGCGCCAUUUCCAUAAUUCUCAUUUAGACAGUUCUUUGCAAUCCGCCGCACACUUCAGAAUUCCGGUCGCCGUUCUCCGCCGGCCAAGUGAGGUUCCGAGCAUAAUUGAUAUUCUGAGCACGAAAUUCCGCUCCAAGGUGAAGAAAAAUGGUUUCUGUCUUGUAUCUGAGAGGAUGGUGGUUUUGGGUACCAAAUGGUUGGGGCAAGGAAAAGGCUCGUUUCCAUUGCUUGCUACUCACAAGUUUAGUUCCCCGAGGAAGAAAUUUGAAGGAAUUAAGGUAUCAAAGGCCACCGAUUCUGAGACUAAUACGAAGAGGGCAAACUUAUCUGUCACAAGAAAGGAGAAGAUCAAACUGCCCAGUUACAGUGGCCGUGAAGGCAGGACAUAUCAUAUCAGAGAAUUCCUGAAUCACCCUUCAGGAAUUGAAGCAAUGAUUAACAAAAAUGCCUUGAAAAGUUUCCAGUCACUUGAUGCUAACACAUACAGAUGCACUCUGCAUAAAUUGCAACUCUUGAACUUUGAAGCUGCCCCUACACUGGAUUUACGAGUGAUCCCAACAGAUGAAGAUUUUACAGUUGAGAUGCUUUCUUGCAAGUUUGAAGGUUCAGAAUUGGUGGAACGCCAAAACGAACACUUUUCGGCUUUGAUGAUUAAUCACUUGACAUGGGACUCGGUUGGUUCAAAUUCUUAUCUGGAAGUUGAUGUGAAGCUGAAUCUAUCUCUGGAGAUUUAUACACUUCCCUUCACCCUGAUGCCUACAGCUGCGGUUGAGAAUCCUGGAAAUUUGAUGUUACAAGCUCUGUUGGACAACCUUGUACCUCUGCUGCUGCGGCAAUUAGUGCAAGAUUAUGAAAAAUGGAUCAGUCAGCAGCAGAUAGAUCAUUCCCAUGCCUCCAUCUCUUGAUGCCUUCCAUUUUCAAGCUACCAGAGAAAAGCUUUAGAUUAAGUGAAGCUUUCUUUAAAAGAACCAAUAGUUAAUUAUGGGGAAGUGUCCCCUACACUGUACAGUACUACAUUGUACAUUGAUGCCUAAGCUUCGGCUCCAACUCCCAUGCCUACACAAGGGAAGAAUAGUGAGAAAUUUCAAGACCUUGUUUAGUUAGUGAUUCAAAAACAAGGAAUUUAAUGAAAACUACAGUUUGUAUCUGACGU